CCCUCCCAUCUCUACUACCUGCUGUCUACAAUUAAAAAGUGGUAAAUGUUGUUGCCACGGCCAAAUUGACGAUGCGUCGCGUCCGCUGAGCCUCGUGUCCGCACCCGUGAGGACCCGUAUCGCAUCCCCGAGAUCCGUGCUCUGGGACUCCGGAAAAGCCACCAAAAAACCCAGUAUUCCAACAUUUUUCGGUUCCCUUUUUAUUAGUUUGUUAUUGGCAAACGUACUCGCCAGGAUAUACCAGGCAAAAUAAGAUAAACAAAAGGUGGAAAAGUAUACAUCUCCUCGCCCGAUUUAGUUACGGAUAACGACGAUAUGUCGCAGGUGCUCAGCCCCCACAAACAGGGCGUGGCAGAGGCGGCGGACGGGCUGGACUACACGAACAGCAGCUCGAUCAUCGAGUUCCUAGCCAAGGAACAGGACUGCGGUGGCAUACUGACUGAUCCGGAUCCGGAAUCAAUUUUCCAGGAGGUGAGUCGCCUAUCGGACAACACGGACAUGCGGUCCGUGGACGAGCUGUUGCAGGAGGCGGAGCGCCUGAUCCAACAGCAGUUGCGUCUGGGCGGCAUGGUCCCGGAAAUGCAUACCCCCCAGAAACCGCUUGGAUGUGAGGAUGCCGUUGCCCCCGGCGAUGGCUCCUCCUCAUCCCCGCAGUCCUCGCCGCACAGCAGCAUCCGACUCAACACACGCUAUACCCAUCGCAUCGAGCAUUUGCCCGCUCCCUUGCCGCCAAAAUCUGCCGGAAUCAAUGGGAAAAUCCGGCCAAGAUCCGGUUCUAAAUCCUCAGCAUCGCCCACAUCCGUGCAGACGCCAUUGGACAGCAACAAUGGCUGUGGCUUUGCCGCCUUCGUGGACAACCUGCCCUCGGCAUCGGUCAUUUCCGAGGAGUCCACGCCCAAGGACAUGAACAUGGAGAACCACACGGCGGCCAUGGCCCAGCUGCAGAUCCAGCUCCAGGAUAACACGGAUGACGACGAGGACACGAUGGAGGAGAUCACCGAGGCGGAGGUGGACGCCCCAGCAGCUGCUCCGCUGGCAGAGGACGUCGGCCACUCGGUGAGGAGUUCGCCCGGUGGCCAAGCGAUGGGCCACGCCCACCUGUACAACCAACCCAUCCGCCCGAUGGCCAACUACAGCGAGAAGGCGGUGGGCAGCUCGCCCAAGCACCUGGUCAGCACCCUAAGUUCGCCCAUCGAGCAGAUCGCCUGCAGUGUUUCGCGCGAGCAUGCGCUCAAGCUGGAGAUCGAACAGCUGCAGGAGCGGCUGAAGGACACGGAGGAGCGACUGGCCUCCGUUCGCCUGCAGAGCGACUCGCUGUCGCAGACGCAGCGUGCCCUCCGCGAGCACAAUGGCCGGCUGCAGGAGGAGUCCGAGAUGCUCAAGCUGGACGUGCAGCAUCUGAACGAGUGCGCCAAUGUCUUGCGGGCGGAACUCCAGGCUGCUCGUCGAGAUCGCACCGAGGCGCUUCAGGUGCAGCGAUCGCUGCGAGAGGAACUGGAGGAGGCGCACCAGGAGCGCCGGCGGACGAGCGAGGGCAAGGAGAAGGACGGUCGAGUAAUCCAGGACCUGCAGCGCCAGUGCCGCGAAAUGGAGCGGAUUCUCAUGCGCAAGCAUCCGGACUCGGUUUCCGCUCUGAUAGUGGCUUCCAAGAGUCCGGGCAUGUGUCCGCUGGGCGACCAGAAGAGCGCCAACAGUCGCAAGCUGCUGGAGCAGCGCAUCGCCCAGCUGGAAUCGGAUGCCAAGGAGCAGGAUCGCAAGGCGCAGCAGAUUCUGGCCAAUGUCCAGGCGCGCUUCAAUUCGGUGCAGGCCAAAUACGAGACGCACAUUGCGGACCUGGAGACGCAGGUCCUAAGCCUGCAGGAGAUCAACACGAAGCUGAAUGAGCAGAUCGAAUCGCAGGUGCGCACCUUGGAUCGCUAUAUGCAAAAGCGUGCGGAUAGGUACUACAACAAUUGCACCCAAACGGAGCCGGUGGAGGGUGAGGAGCAGCCGGUGGGCAGUGGAGUUGGUACCGGCGGAUUGGCCAGCUCGAUGACCACCACGAUGGGGACGCAGACGCAGUCGGCGAACGGUACGCGGGAUCACAGCACCAACACCAUUGGCUGCCCCUCGCCGGCCCUCGUCUACCAUGGCCAUGGCCAUGGCCUCCAUGCCCACCCACAUCCACAUGCCCCAUCCGCUAGUAGCAGCACCAGCAGCACGGCCAACUCCACGCCGAACACGUCGCGUCCGAACUCGAAGCAAAGUGGCGGUGGCCAAAGGCGCUCCCCGCUGGUCACCGCCGGUCCCUCCAAGCUGCCCAUCUCGCAGUCCGACUCCACGCUCUCGCUGCUCAGCCAUGGUGGCGGUGGCGGAGGCGGUGGCUCCAAAGAGGAGGCCCAGCUGCUCAGCUCCGUGAGGAGCAUGCGUGUGGACUUGGCCAUCAAAAACAAGGCCAUGCAGCGACUCACGCGGGAGCUGGAUGAGUGCAAGAAGACCAUACGGAAGCUGCAGCGGGACAGGGAUGGCAGUGGCUCCAGCAGCCAGACAGGCAGCAAAUUGGAUCUUAGGUCGCAGGCCAGCGGUGGCUCCCUGCAGAGGCGCUCCAGUGGCUAUGAUCACCACCACCACCACAGUGACCACAUUCCGGCGGCCACCGAAAGCCAGGCUCUGAAGGAGGCUCAAAACAAAUAUCGUCUGCUGGAGGCUGACUAUAAAACACUACACGAUAAGCGGCUGCAGGAUUUGAAGACCCUGCAGAGUGCCCACGAAAGGGAGCUGGCCUCCUGCAACGAGACUGUGCGAAUUCUUCAGCAAAGACUCAACGAGCGGGAGGAGGCACUGACCACCCAAAAGCGGCGCAAGGUGCCCGUGGAUUACUAUGCCCUAAAAGCCAAGGUACAGAGACUUCCGGCAAACAAUCAAGAUCUAUUUGGAGUUCAAGAACAAAUCGAGAACAAGUCAAGUAUCACUAUUGGAAAGGAGGCACUCGGAGCGGGAGGAGCGACUCCAUAUGCUGGUGGAGGCCCUGAGCAAAGGACGGCUCAACGGAGCACUCGAGGAUCUGAUGCAGGAGAACAAUAACAAGUAGUGAAGUUCGUAGUGUUGUCGUAGAGAUGAUCUAAGAAACAUUGCCAUGUUCAAUGCCAGCCAAUUUCGACUAGAGUCCGUCUAAGCAGAAAAAACAUCCAAUGAAAAAACAUACAAUUUUAGCCAGGUUCCCAGGACAGCACUUGCUGCCAGGUUAGAUUGUGGCUCCCCGAUCAAACGCAACUCUAACUGACGCCCAUGGCGAUUUUCUCAAAGCAAAUUCAAAUGUGUUCAAAGUGGAAACAAUAAGUAUAUAUCGACCGGUGAUCAGUUAGCCAACAACUUAUAUUUAGGUUUAAGAUUUCUCCCCCGCAAGCCAGCUGCAAUCUAAUCUGGUACUCAAGGCUAAACCAAUCCUGGGGCCUUUGUUCUACAAGGAUAGAUAUUUAAAAACACAGAACAUGAUUAAUGUUAUUGUAGUUCUUAGCGAGAAAGUAUUUUAAAUAUCAAUGUUUCGAUGUAGAAAUUGAAUUGAACCAUUCACACAACUUAGAGAGAGAUGGCGACAAAAGAGCGAAAGAGUGGGCGCGUCAUGAAAAUGAAAGAGAGAGAGAAAGAGAAAUAGCUUGGGAAAUGAAAGUUGUACUAGGAAUAAGUAUUUUAUGUAUAUAGAAUAUCGAAGUACAGAAAUUCGAAGCGA